GGUCAGUCACAUAGUACUAUAAAAUAUAGGGAAAACAGCGUCAGGGUACAGCUAACAGAAUGGUUUGUGAUGGUCCAGAUCCUCCUGAAAACAACUCAGAUGAUCUUAUCCCACCCCCAAGACACGAAUUUUUAAUAAAUGGUGACGAUAGUGAUGAGGAGCGGCACGAGGGUUUCGGUUAUCAACCUUUGCCUCAAGGACCUGAUGCCACGCAAUCUGAUCAUGAUAGCAGCGAUGAUGAAAUAGACAAUAUCAAUACAACAGCUGCAGUAAAUGAUGUGCCGCCAAUAGAAACAAUGGAUGCGCUUUUAACAAGAGAAGUUUGGAAUGCUCCUCGUAGUUCACAAUCCAUAGAAAUGGAUAAUGAACGUGCAGAACAGGUAAUGUCUGCAAUGGCCAAUUUUGCAUUACCACAAACUUCCAUACCAGAAUGGGCUCAAAGCAUUACUGAUGAACAGUGGAAACAAACUCUUAAGGACAGAUUAGAGAAAUUAAAAGAUAAUAGGUAGUAUCAUGCCUUUUGGGCAUAUUGAUUUUAAGAGAAACUUCAGUAGAUAAAUUUUUCUAUAAGAUAAUAUAGAAAAAUACUUUUUCUAGAUUAGAAUGUAUUUUCAUUUUAAUUGAAGA